CCACCAUUGAACUUGAACUCAGCGUCCACAUCCACGAAAGCGUCGAACCACAUCUAGCGCAUAUAAAAUACCACUGAUUAUCCUUCAUGCAUAACCUCACUAGUCUGCUCUUUCCCUGCUCUUUCCCGUCCUGCCUGCUCUCACUUUUGCCAGUUAAUCAUGUCUAGCUCAGAAUCAACUGCUAUCACGAGCGUCGUUGGAUUCCAUGAUUCCAAGGCAGACACUCGUAGAUACGCCACCAUUAUUCCCUAUGAAAUUGUAGAGGGGAUGUCGUUCUUGUCUCUCGAUGAGGAGGAUGCCGAUACCGACGAAAGCCUUUACACCGAUUUCGUAUCCUCAUGGGAGUUUAGUGCUGGACCUGUGGCGAAUUCCAAGAACAGCGAUUUGGUUCUAUCCGAGGCUCAGGAACUCGUCAAGAAACAUAAAGAGCGUUCCGACGAAAUAACUGAAGCCCAGAGAGUCAUUCAGGAAUACCUACAACGAAAUAAGACAUUCGAUGAUCAAGGGACUACAGACUCUGUCUGCCCCAUCAACACUGCCAAAGAGCUUCCCAUCAUUCCUAACAACAGGGAUUCGACAUACACCUAUACCUUGACUGACGACGGACAAUCCACGAUUGAUCUCGAGAAGCGUCCCGAGCCAAAGAUUCGUCUAUUUCAUUAUGACUCGGAAGGCGUAGCGCAGGCGCAGCUUCAAGGUUUGGAUAUUGUUCAGGCUGGUCACUACGCUCCUGGAGCUAUGAUCCGUUGUCAACGUCCGGGAUGCACUAAUGUCCUUCGUGAUCUCGAAGCGCUUAAAUUUCAUUUGCACAUCCACAACAUCGGCGAUAUGACCGAUGCCAUCAGUGUUUUGUCCGCUCACACCCAAAGGGCAAAGGAACCUGGACACUCUUCCACGGAGUCUUCGCCACUCAAUAAUUCCUCGAGAAAGGUUCGCGGUCGGUCAAAAUCUCUCAUGGGCGCGGACGCCACACACCCAUCGCGGAAGGUCCAUGGGAAGGACCCUUAUUCACACUCUCGCAGUCGAAAGCCCACUGCCACUCAUAUUAAGUCAAAUGCACUGCACACGCGAACGAAGUUGCCCGAUGGACCUCAAACACGUGGACGACACAGUAACAGGAACACCAAUCGUAGUGGACUCGAUGAGGCCAGUUAUCACGACAGCAUUGCGAUGGUCCUUUCCCGCCCCGUGUCGCCCGUACGAGGUACCCAAGAGGCUUUGGGUUCUGUUAUGAACACCCCUGUCAAUUUUGGGAACAAAAGCAGCGUACUUUCCCCUUCUGCGGGUCUGACUUAUGCUGAAAGGGAAUUACCUCGUGCCAGGAGCCCCAAACGAGCAUUCAGCCCUGCUAGAGCCUUCAGUCCCAUCCGAGGUAUGUCUUUUAUUUGCAUUCUUUCUGUUCGGCCAGCUAAAGUCUUGAUGUCUCACAGAUGGUCUUCGACGAGUGCUUUCAUUCGGAUGCUUGAAUGAGCGCUUUGAAUAGUUCGUGUAAAGUAGAUUUAGUCCUUUAAACCAUCUUCAAUUGUUUGUACCAUAGCAUCACUUUAUUAUCAUGUUGCAAGUGGGUGCCGCUGGGCGGCUCCCAGACCCUUUAUAUGUAGACCAGCCGAUACAUGACAUUCCGAUUCAAUUCAUUGAUCUGC